CUUUUUUAUGGUUAAGCAAUCUUCCUGGGUCCUGUAGGCGGUUUCUUAAUUUACUCAUUUAAUAAAAUAUUAGGAAGUUUAUUGGGUCUUUUUAACGAAAACAUGGGCGACUCCAUGGGCAAAGUGUAUAGGGAUGUCGUAAACCAUGAAUACUCAAGUCAAAGUAUAGAAUGUGGAAAAGAUAAUUCCAGCGAGAAGAAGAAAGAUUAUGAAAUUGCAAUUAAUCAAGAUGGAAAUUUGUUGUUACAUUUGAUACGGAUUGUUAAAUUUUAUAAUCCUAAAAAAACCGAAGAUUCUUUAGGCGACGACAAGACAACAACAAAACACAAGAAAAGCAGCUCGGGAGAUGAUGAAAAGAACGACAAGUCUAAAUGGUCUUUAGAUAUAUCAAAUAUUCAUAAGAAUAAGAAGAAUGAUAGCGAUGAUAGCGAAUAUUUUUUUUUUGUCGCCAUAUCUCGCAUAAACAUUGACGAGGACAUGAAACAAGAAAAAGAUAAAAAAGAUGAUAAAAAAAAGCGUGAUUACGAAAAUGGAUAUCUUAGUAAAAUGCAAUUUAAACCUUUAUUCGAUCAUAACGAUAAAUCUGUCGAAACUAUAAUUUCUGUGAAGCCAGAAUUUAAAAAAGGAAUCGAAAAAGGAAUCGCUAUUUAUCGCCUUGAAUUAAAAAAUCAAAAUGAAGAAAAUGAAAAUGAAGGGAAUGAAAAAGGAUAGAAUGAAAAAGAAGAAAAGAAAAGUGGGG